GAUGAACUCCUGCGUCGUGUUCGCGUGUCUUUCCUGAUCGGAUUCGAUCACGGCUGCUCAAACUUUAGUCAUUGUUGUCGUUCUCGUUCGUCUUUCUUUUUGUUGGUUUUUUAUUUGCGUGUGCGAGGCAACAACAGCGACGCGGGCAAUCGCUUCAUAGUUCUGCCUCGAUUCAAGAUCCAAGUGCACGUUAAAAAGAGAGGCAGAUAACCGUCCAGCGGAGCACCGUUUUUCUCUUUUCUCUGUGGCAUCCGUUCGCCCUUUUUUCUCUUCGACUACUCAACACCCAACUUGUUUUUAUCAAAACGACACAAACAGAAAAAUGCUUCGCUGUGCUUCUCUGAUCUGCCGCGCGGCGUCCGCAUCGAGGGGGCGCGUCGCCGCGCUGCCCGGCAACUUCGGGCUCAAGGAGCAUGAUCCGGAGAUAUUCCAGCUGAUGCAGAAGGAGAUGGACCGCCAGGUCGAGGGACUGGAGCUGAUCGCGUCGGAAAACUUUACAUCUCGUGCUGUGCUGGACUGCCUCGGCUCCAUCUUCACAAACAAGUACGCGGAAGGCCUGCCGGGCAACCGCUACUACGGUGGCACGGAGGUGGUCGACGAGUUAGAGAACUUGUGCAUCGCCCGCGCCCUCGCCGCCUUCCGUCUUGACAAAUCGGUGUGGGGCGUCAACGUGCAGCCUUAUAGUGGCUCACCCGCGAACCUCGCCGUCUACACGGCCCUGCUGCGGCCGCAUGAUCGCCUGAUGGGACUCGACCUCCCCGCUGGCGGUCACCUCACGCACGGAUUCUACACAGCGACGAAGCGAAUUUCGGCCUCCUCGCUCUUCUUUGAGAGUCUGCCGUACAGCCUCGACGCAGACGGUCUCAUUGACUACGCACAGCUCGAGACGCUGGCGAAGGUGUACAAGCCGCGGCUGAUCAUCGCCGGCGGCUCGGCCUACCCGCGCGACUGGGACUACAAGCGCUACCGCGAAAUCUGCGACGGCGUCGGCGCCUACCUGAUGGUCGACAUGGCGCACUUCUCCGGCCUUGUCGCCGCAGAAGAGCACAACAACCCCUUCGAGUACGCGGACAUCGUGACGUCCACGACACACAAGACCCUGCGUGGGCCCCGUUCCGGUAUCAUCUUUUUCCGCAAGCAGGUGACGCAGGGCAAGACGACCGUAAACGUGGAGGAGGCCGUGAACAACGCCGUGUUUCCCACGCUGCAGGGCGGUCCGCACAUGCACCAAAUCGCGGCGGUGGCAACACAGCUGAAGGAGGUGACGUCGCCGGAGUGGCGCACCUACGCGAAGCAGGUGAAGGCGAAUGCCAAGGCGCUCGCGGCCGCGCUGACGGCGGGCGGCGAGGCCCUGGUGAGCGGGGGCACCGACAACCAUCUUCUGCUCUGGAAUCUGCGGCCCCACGGAAUUACCGGGUCCAAGGUGGAGAAGCUGCUGGACAUGGCGUGCAUCACCGCGAACAAGAACACAAUUGUCGGGGACAAGAGCGCGCAGGCGCCGCACGGCAUUCGUCUCGGCACGCCCGCCCUCACCACGCGGGGGUUGAGCGAGGAGGACUUUAAGCAGGUGGCGCAGUUCUUGAUUCGCUCUGUGCAGCUCUCGAAGGAGGUGCAGGCGGCCGCUGGGUCAACGAAGCUGACCGAUUUCGUUAAGGCCGCGCACGAGUCGCAGGCGGUUCGUGCGAUGAGCGAAGAGGUGAAGGCCUUUGGGCGGCAGUUCCCUUACCCUGGCCUAGAGAAUCCGUACCCAACCCACUAG